AUGCAAAUUCCAUGCGACUCCACCAACAUGCUGGAUUCAUUACAACAGAUUCUAACCGAGCUCGAGGCUCAAGCGUCAGCAGCCACACUCACCGAAUUGGGGACAUUGCUCAGAAACGAAGACGUUCGAGCCCAUCCCACGGCAAAAAAAUGUAUCCCGCAUGUGCUUGAUCUCGCCUCCAAAGAACCACUCGAAGCGCUUCGGGUGCUUGUGAAUUUCACUGCAGACAACGACGACAACAGGGUGUAUAUGGUUUCCAACGAUGUUUCUGCCGCCGAAUUCUGGACGUGGCUCUUUUCGCAGCUCCACUGCCCAAAAGACCAAGACGUGUGUUUGCGGGCCAUAUUGCUCUUGAGCCAGUUUGUGCACAACAUCCAGGAGCCGGCGAAAACAACAGUGGUUUCUGCGCUUGCGGAAAAGGGCGCCGGCGACGCCAUUGCGUGCUACUUGCGCGAGUUGGAGCAGCUGGGCCGCCUCGAUGACUUGGUGCAGCCGAUGGAACUUUUGAGCGAAAUCUCUGCCGUAUCCACGAUCCUGCUGGACAACUUGCAGUGGAUAACAGACGCGGCGGCCCGGGCGCAAGAGUUGGACCUGGAGGAGCGGAGCGAGUUGCUUGAUUUUGCGUCGCAGGCCAUCUUCAACGCCACCAAUGUCGAUACAAGGCUCGGCGGGCCGUCUACAUCGCAGUUGUACGAGCUUCUAACGCAGGUGUCGGGUGAGUCUACACACGUCAAGCGCAGGCUCUUUCUGGCAUGCGGAAACAUGUCGUCGUAUGCAAAUCACGACAAUUGGGCCGAGGUGGAGCUUAAUGUGCAUGUUCUAGUGGACGACAAGGCGGACCCAUACGUGGCGGCCGCAGCAGCCAUUGCGCUCGGAAACUGCGUCGACAGCAAGGAGAAGCAGGAGGUGCUCUGGCGGAAACUCGAGCAGAUGGAAAAACCGGACGUUAUCGUCGACACGUUGGCGCAGCGGAGUUUUGGCGAUCUUGUGCAAUACCAAGCGUUCCAUUUUUUCAGCAAUGCCAUGACUCCGGCCGUGGCCUCAAGACUAGCAGAGCAGAAUGCUGGUGCGCUUUUGAGGGCAACAAAAGUCGUGGUGGACAACUGCAACUACUACAAGGAAAUCGCAGCGGUGUACUUCAAGUUCAUGCGGCGGUUUAUUGGUGCGUUGGACAAGACGCAGUUGGAGCCGCUUUUGGACUUGUGGGCUUUGGUCGAGUCCUGCGACGACGCCAGCUGCGCCGAAACACAGCUUCUUCUCUUGCAGGCGCUCUGCCACAUCCCGCCCACGCCAUUGCAUGCGAAGCUAGUUGCGCAUGCUUUUCCGCUCGAGGGAAACGUGGACGCACGGCUUGUCCUUGAAAAAAUCAAGACGCUUGCGUGUGUUUUACAUACCUACGACAUGUCCCAGUUAUCCGGGUGCUUUGGUGAUUUCGAGCACGACUUUGUUGCUCCGCUCUCGGGCUUUUUGGGGCAGGUGCAACCUUCCGCUCGGGCGGAACAUAGUGCGGCGCGCGCCCUUGCGAACAACACGAAAUUCUUGGCUGCGAGCGCAUUGAAAAGUGCGCCUCUGCGUUCUGGGCCUUGGGGCGAACUUUGCGCGCGCUGCGAGCAGAUUCUCCACAAAAACGAGAGCAAGAGCGAAAGCCUCACAAACACAAGCAUCCCCUCCAGCUAG